GCUAAUAAUUAUGCUGCGCUGCUCGUUUGUUCGUCUCAGAAACGUUAUCAGCACUAUCGUUUCUGUUCGAUUCUCUAGGAAAUGUCCUGGAUUAACAGGAAAACCAACUCGGCGCGGAGCCGCCCAGCCGAGUCUUAGAAAAAUAGUUAUAGCAGACGAAGUAAAGCGUGUAUUCUCCGAAAACGACAUGGUAGUCGUUCUACAGCAUCACGGUCUAACAGUCGCUCAAUGGGAUAGCGUGCGUUACGACCUCGCGGACGCCGACAUUACUGUAAAAGAUUACCCAAAUCGUGUGGCAUGCAAAGCUCUAGAAGACACCAAAUACAAACACAUGCUACCACUAUUUCGUAGCACGACUGCAGUUGCGUUUUGCAAGAAACCGUCAGUGAAGCAUCUCCUCACAGCACUGAACUCACAUCCAAAGCUGCUGCUGAUCGGAGGGAAGGUGGAUGACACACUGAUGUCACAAGACGGCCUCAAGCAGUACGCUAAACUUCCAUCAUCUCAUCACUUACAAUCAGAAUUGAGUGGCAUUAUGCAGUCGCCCAUGUGGACACUAACACAUUUGAUGCAGUCGAAUCAGUUAAGACUGACCAGCUUGCUUGCGCAGUUGUGCACUGAAGGAACGUCUCGUCAUUGAGUAAUUAAUAAAUGCGUCUAAUUCUCAUACUGCCCACUGGGUAACUAAUCAAUAUAUUUCACUCUAGAUCCGUCCUUCUGGCCUUUGUCUUGUCCUAAUUGGCUGGAGGUUCUUAUCUCCUACUUAGCUACUUAGACCUUCUUGCUGCUAUGGCGCAUAACAUGCAUUUAACGGCUAGUGUGAUUAAUAUGGCACGCAGAACAGUACAAAACGGGGUAACUGAAUUGUACACACAAGAUAUAAAUACACACAAAUAUGUUCUGGAAUCUUGCAGCACACAAAAUAUAUUGUGUACAGGAUUUCAGUAUAUUUGUGUGCACAAUUCAAGUAUGUUGUUUGUGUGGCACGAUCACCAUUUCAGUAUUUUUUAUUAGGAUUCCCUUACAUUUUGCGUGCACAAUUCUCAAUGUAUUUUUGUACAAUUCAGUAAAGAGUAAUGCAGUUUUGCUAUGUUCUUGCCUGGCAUUUCUAGUGGUGUGUGUG